GGGCGCGGAGCCCCUGGCUCCCGGCACGGCCCUGCAGAGCCUGGCGCUGGCGGCCUGUGACUCGCACCAGCUGAUGGCGGCCUUCAGGCAGGUGUACGAGACGGAGCUGCGGGAACACUGCGGCCGUGGCCCCGCCCCACGGCUCAGCCCCUGUGGGCCCCUGGCCCAGCACCUGCACCAGGCGCUCACCCUCUGCACCCAGGAGCUGCAGGCGCUGGCCCAGCUGAGCGACACCUCGGAGCAGGCGGUGCAGACGGCAGAGCGGAGACGCGGCGAGGCAGGGAGCAGCCCCCCAGCAAUGCUGCCCGUGAAGAUGGAGGAGCUGCGCCGGCGCUACCAGGCCCGCCUGGCCGCUGCUGGGGGGCUGCCGGGGUGA